AGUGAGGGAUCCAGCUGUGGUGUGCGCCGGGCUCCUCGCCGCCGCUUUCGCUUGCUCGCUCCGCGUCUCGGCCGGAGGAGGAGGCAGUGGCGCCGGCGACAGCUACGGCAGCGGCAGCCACCGCGGCGGCUGCGGCGGCGGCAUCUCCGCCUCCACCCUCGCCCGGGACGGCCCCCCACCGUCUCCCCGCCCCUCCUGGACCGUGAGCCCGCCGAGGGGCGGAGGAAGGAGCCGCCCCCCACCCCUCCAAACCCACCCCCAAAGAGAUCCCUCCUCCCCUCCCCCCGCCGCCGCUGGCUCGGAGCCGGGACGAUGCUGACCCCUUAGAUCCUGCUCCAGCUGCGCCGCGGGAAGAGGGGGCGCCCCUCCCCGGACCCCCCCGCCCUCCGCCCCCUUCUCUCUCCCCUUCUCGGGGCCGCUUCGCCGAAGGGUAGCGCCGAAUCGGGCGACCGGAGCCUGGGCGCGAAUCGAAGAAGCCGGAACAAAGUGAGGGGGAGCCGGCCGGCUGGCCCGGGGGGCCCCAGGGGCCCUGGGGGAGCGGGACUCGCGCCGGGCGGGGCUUCCCUGCGACCCGGCGCCCCGCGGGCAGCAUGCCCCUGCGGGCAGGGGGAGCUGGGCUGAACUGGCCCUCCCGGGGGCUCAGCCUGAGCCCUAGAGCCCCCCAAAUGCGCCCCCGCCGGGGCCCCCCGCUUGCGUGAGGACACCUCCUCUGAGGGGCGCCGCUCGCCCCUCUCGAGACCGCCCGGGGCCCCGGCUGGCCAGAGGAUGGACGAGGAGGAGGAUGGAGCGGGCGCCGAGGAGUCAGGACAGCCCCGGAGCUUCAUGCGGCUCAACGACCUGUCGGGGGCCGGGGGCCGGCCGGGGCCGGGGUCGGCGGAAAAGGACCCGGGCAGCGCGGACUCCGAGGCGGAGGGGCUGCCGUACCCGGCGCUGGCCCCGGUGGUUUUCUUCUACUUGAGCCAGGACAGCCGCCCGCGGAGCUGGUGUCUCCGCACGGUCUGUAACCCCUGGUUCGAGCGCAUCAGCAUGUUGGUCAUCCUUCUCAACUGUGUGACCCUGGGCAUGUUCCGGCCGUGCGAGGACAUCGCCUGUGACUCCCAGCGCUGCCGGAUCCUGCAGGCCUUUGAUGACUUCAUCUUUGCCUUCUUCGCCGUGGAGAUGGUGGUGAAGAUGGUGGCCUUAGGCAUCUUUGGGAAAAAGUGUUACCUGGGAGACACUUGGAACCGGCUUGACUUUUUCAUCGUCAUUGCAGGGAUGCUGGAGUAUUCGCUGGACCUGCAGAACGUCAGCUUCUCAGCUGUCAGGACAGUCCGUGUGCUGCGACCGCUCAGGGCCAUUAACCGGGUGCCCAGCAUGCGCAUCCUUGUCACGCUGCUGCUGGACACGCUGCCCAUGCUGGGCAACGUCCUGCUGCUCUGCUUCUUCGUCUUCUUCAUCUUCGGCAUCGUCGGCGUCCAGCUGUGGGCAGGGCUGCUUCGUAACCGAUGCUUCCUGCCCGAGAAUUUCACCCUCCCGCUGAGCGUGGACCUGGAGCGCUAUUACCAGACGGAGAACGAGGACGAGAACCCCUUCAUCUGCUCCCAGCCGCGCGAGAAUGGCAUGCGCUCCUGCCGAAGCGUGCCCACGCUGCGCGGGGAGGGCGGCGGCGGCCCGCCCUGCGGCCUGGACUACGAGGCCUACAACAGCUCCAGCAACACCACCUGUGUCAACUGGAACCAGUACUACACCAACUGCUCCGCAGGGGAGCACAACCCCUUCAAGGGUGCCAUCAACUUCGACAACAUCGGCUAUGCCUGGAUCGCCAUCUUCCAGGUCAUCACGCUGGAGGGCUGGGUCGACAUCAUGUACUUCGUGAUGGAUGCUCAUUCCUUCUACAACUUCAUCUACUUCAUCCUUCUCAUCAUCGUGGGCUCCUUCUUCAUGAUCAACCUGUGCCUGGUGGUGAUCGCCACGCAGUUCUCAGAGACCAAGCAGCGGGAAAGCCAGCUGAUGCGGGAGCAGCGCGUGCGGUUCCUGUCCAACGCCAGCACCCUGGCCAGCUUCUCUGAGCCGGGCAGCUGCUAUGAGGAGCUGCUCAAGUACCUGGUGUACAUCCUCCGUAAAGCAGCCCGCAGGCUGGCCCAAGUCUCCCGGGCAGCGGGCGUGCGGGCUGGGCUGCUGAGCAGCCCGGCACCCCGAGGGGGCCCAGAGCCCCAGCCCAGCGGCAGCUGCUCUCGCUCCCACCGCCGCCCAUCCGUCCACCACUUGGUGCACCACCACCACCACCAUCACCACCACUAUCACCUGGGAAAUGGGACGCUUCGGGCCCCCCGGGCCAGCCCGGAGAUCCAGGACAGGGAUGCCAACGGGUCCCGUCGGCUCAUGCUGCCACCACCCUCGACACCCGCCCUCUCUGGGGGCCCUCCAGGGGGCACAGAAUCUGUGCACAGCUUCUACCAUGCCGACUGCCACUUGGAGCCAGUCCGCUGCCAGGCGCCCCCUCCCAGGUCACCAUCUGAGGCAUCAGGCAGGACUGUGGGCAGUGGGAAGGUAUACCCCACUGUGCACACCAGUCCUCCACCAGAGAUGCUGAAGGACAAGGCACUAGUGGAGGUGGCCCCCACCUCUGGACCCCCUACCCUCACCAGCCUCAACAUCCCACCUGGGCCCUACAGCUCCAUGCACAAGCUGCUAGAGACACAUAGUACAGGCACCUGCCAACGCUCUUGCAAGAUCUCCAGCCCUUGCUUGAAGGCAGACAGUGGAGCCUGUGGCCCCGACAGCUGCCCCUACUGUGCCCGGGCUGGGGCAGGGGAGGUGGAGCUCGCUGGCCACGAGAUGCCUGAUUCAGACAGCGAGGCGGUUUAUGAGUUCACACAGGAAGCCCAGCAUGGCGACCUCCGGGACCCCCACAGCCGGCGGCGACGGAACCUGGGGCUGGACGUGGAGCCCAACUCUGUGCUGGCCUUCUGGAGGCUGAUCUGUGACACCUUCCGGAAGAUUGUGGACAGCAAGUACUUUGGCCGGGGGAUCAUGAUUGCUAUCCUGGUCAACACACUCAGCAUGGGCAUCGAAUACCACGAGCAGCCCGAGGAGCUUACCAACGCCCUGGAAAUCAGCAACAUCGUCUUCACCAGCCUCUUUGCCCUGGAGAUGCUGCUGAAGCUGCUCGUGUACGGUCCCUUUGGCUACAUCAAGAACCCCUACAACAUCUUCGAUGGCGUCAUUGUUGUCAUCAGUGUGUGGGAGAUCGUGGGCCAGCAGGGGGGCGGCCUGUCGGUGCUGCGGACUUUCCGCCUGAUGCGGGUGCUGAAGCUGGUGCGCUUCCUGCCGGCGCUACAGCGGCAGCUCGUGGUGCUCAUGAAGACCAUGGACAACGUGGCUACCUUCUGCAUGCUGCUCAUGCUCUUCAUCUUCAUCUUCAGCAUCCUGGGCAUGCAUCUCUUCGGCUGCAAAUUUGCAUCUGAGCGGGACGGGGACACGCUGCCGGACCGGAAGAAUUUUGACUCCCUGCUCUGGGCCAUCGUCACCGUCUUUCAGAUCCUGACACAGGAGGACUGGAACAAGGUGCUGUACAACGGAAUGGCCUCCACGUCGUCCUGGGCUGCCCUUUAUUUCAUCGCCCUCAUGACCUUUGGCAACUACGUGCUUUUUAAUCUGCUUGUCGCCAUCCUGGUGGAGGGCUUCCAGGCAGAGGAAAUCAGCAAACGGGAAGAUGCGAGUGGACAGUUAAGCUGUAUUCAGCUGCCUGUCGACUCCCAGGGGGGAGAUGCCACCAAGUCCGAGUCAGAGCCCGAUUUCUUCUCGCCCAGCCUGGAUGGCAAUGGGGACAGGAAGAAGCACUUGGCCUUGGUGUCCCUGGGAGAGCACCUGGAGCUGCCGAGGAGCCUGCUGCCGCCUCUCAUCAUCCACACGGCCGCCACGCCCAUGUCGCUGCCCAAGAGCUCCAGCACCGGCCUGGCUGAGGCACUGGGCCCUGCUUCCCGCCGCACCAGCAGCAGCGGGUCCGGGGAGCCAGGGACGGCCCAGGAGAUGAAGUCACCGCCGAGUGCCCGCAGCUCCCCGCACAGUCCCUGGAGCGCAGCAAGCAGCUGGACCAGCAGGCGCUCCAGCCGGAACAGCCUGGGCCGUGCCUCCAGCCUGAAGCGGAGGAGCCCGAGCGGGGAGCGGCGGUCCCUGUUAUCGGGCGAGGGCCGGGAGAGCCAGGAUGAGGAGGACAGCUCAGAAGAGGAGCAGGCCAGCCCAGCGGGUGGUCACUGUCGCCAUGGUGGCUCCCUGGAACGGGAGGCCAAGAGCUCCUUUGACCUGCCGGACACGCUGCAGGUGCCCGGGCUGCACCGCACAGCCACUGGUCGCAGCACGGCUUCUGAGCACCAGGACUGCAAUGGCAAGUCAGCUCCAGGGCGCCUGGCCCGGGCACUGCUGCCCGACGACCCUCCAUUGGAUGGGGAUGAUGGUGAUGAUGAAGGCAACCUGAGCAAAGCAGAACGGCUAAGAGCAUGGAUCCGAGCUCGGCUCCCUGCCUGCUGCCGUGAGCGAGACUCAUGGUCUGCCUACAUCUUCCCACCUCAGUCAAGGUUCCGCCUCCUGUGUCACCGCAUCAUCACCCACAAGAUGUUCGAUCAUGUGGUCCUUGUCAUCAUCUUCCUCAACUGCAUCACCAUUGCCAUGGAGCGUCCCAAGAUCGACCCCCACAGCGCUGAACGCAUCUUCCUGACCCUCUCCAAUUACAUCUUCACCGCAGUCUUUCUGGCGGAGAUGACAGUGAAGGUGGUGGCGCUGGGCUGGUGCUUCGGGGAGCAGGCAUACCUGCGCAGCAGCUGGAAUGUGCUCGACGGGCUGCUGGUGCUCAUCUCCAUCAUCGACAUCCUCGUGUCCAUGGUCUCCGACAGCGGCACCAAGAUCCUGGGCAUGCUGAGGGUGCUGCGGCUGCUGAGGACCCUGCGCCCGCUCAGGGUAAUCAGCCGGGCACAGGGGCUGAAGCUGGUGGUGGAAACGCUGAUGUCCUCGCUGAAGCCCAUCGGCAACAUUGUGGUCAUCUGUUGUGCCUUCUUCAUCAUUUUUGGCAUCCUGGGGGUGCAGCUCUUCAAAGGGAAGUUCUUCGUGUGCCAGGGAGAGGACACCAGGAACAUUACCAACAAGUCUGACUGUGCCGAGGCCAGUUACCGGUGGGUCCGGCACAAAUACAACUUUGACAACCUGGGCCAGGCUCUGAUGUCGCUGUUCGUGCUGGCCUCCAAGGAUGGCUGGGUGGACAUCAUGUAUGACGGGCUGGAUGCUGUGGGCGUGGACCAGCAGCCCAUCAUGAACCACAACCCCUGGAUGCUGCUCUACUUCAUCUCGUUCCUGCUCAUUGUGGCCUUCUUUGUCCUGAACAUGUUUGUGGGCGUGGUGGUGGAGAACUUCCACAAGUGUCGGCAGCACCAGGAGGAGGAAGAGGCCCGGCGGCGGGAGGAGAAGCGUCUUCGGAGACUGGAGAAAAAGAGAAGGAAUCUAAUGCUGGACGAUGUAAUUGCUUCCGGCAGCUCAGCCAGCGCUGCGCCAGAAGCCCAGUGCAAACCCUACUACUCAGACUACUCCCGCUUCCGGCUCCUUGUCCACCACUUGUGUACCAGCCACUACCUGGAUCUCUUCAUCACGGGGGUCAUCGGGCUGAAUGUGAUCACCAUGGCAAUGGAGCAUUACCGGCAACCUCAGGUCCUAGACGAGGCUCUGAAGGUCUGCAACUACGUCUUCACCGUCAUCUUCGUCCUGGAGUCCGUUCUCAAACUCGUGGCCUUUGGCUUCCGGCGGUUCUUCCAGGACAGGUGGAACCAGCUGGACCUGGCCAUUGUGCUGCUGUCCAUCAUGGGCAUCACGCUGGAGGAGAUCGAGGUCAACGCCUCGCUGCCCAUCAACCCCACUAUCAUCCGCAUCAUGAGGGUGCUGCGCAUCGCCCGAGUGCUAAAGCUGCUGAAGAUGGCUGUGGGCAUGCGGGCGCUGCUGGACACGGUGAUGCAGGCCCUGCCCCAGGUGGGGAACCUGGGACUUCUCUUCAUGUUGUUGUUUUUCAUCUUUGCAGCUCUGGGCGUGGAGCUCUUUGGAGACCUGGAAUGUGAUGAGACGCACCCCUGUGAGGGCCUGGGCCGGCAUGCCACCUUUCGGAACUUUGGCAUGGCCUUCCUGACCCUCUUCCGAGUCUCCACAGGUGACAACUGGAACGGCAUUAUGAAGGAUACCCUCCGGGACUGCGACCAGGAGUCCACCUGCUACAACACGGUCAUCUCCCCCAUCUACUUCGUGUCCUUUGUGCUGACUGCCCAGUUUGUGCUGGUCAAUGUGGUGAUCGCUGUGCUGAUGAAGCAUCUGGAGGAGAGCAACAAGGAGGCCAAGGAGGAAGCCGAGCUGGAGGCCGAGCUGGAGCUGGAGAUGAAGACACUCAGCCCGCAGCCCCACUCACCGCUGGGCAGCCCCUUCUUCUGGCCUGGGGGCCCCGAAAGCCCUGACAGCCCCAAAUCUGGGGCUCUGCAUGCAACGGCCCAUGCGGGAGCAGCCUCCCGCCUCUCCCUCGAGCACUCGACGCUCCCCUCAUGGGCUGGUCCUCCCCAGGACAGACAGCUGUUUGACACCAUAUCCCUGCUGAUCCAGGGCUCCCUGGAGGGGGAGCUGAAGCUGAUGGACGAGCUGGCAGGCCCAGGGGGCCAGCCCUCUGCCUUCCCUCCCGCUCGCAGCCCGGGCGGCUCCGACCCACAGAUCCCUCUAGCUGAGAUGGAGGCUCUGUCUCUGACGUCAGAGAUUGUGUCUGAACCAUCCUGCUCUCUAGCUCUGACGGAUGACUCUUUGCCUGAUGACACUCACACUCUCUUACUUAGUGCCCCGGAGAGCAAUAUGGAACGCCACCCUGAGGAGGUGCCCCUCUCAAUGGGACCAGACCUGCUGACUGUGCGGAAGUCUGGGGUCAGCCGAACGCACUCUCUGCCCAAUGACAGCUACAUGUGCCGGGAUGGGAGCACUGCCAAGGGGUCCCUGGGACACAGGGGCUGGGGGCUCCCCAAAGCUCAGUCAGGUUCCGUCCUGUCCGUUCACUCCCAGCCAGCAGACACCAGCUACAUCCUGCAGGUUCCCAAAGAUGCACCCCAUCUGCUUCAGCCCCACAGCACUCCCACGUGGGGUACCAUCCCCAAACUGCCCCCGCCGGGCCGCUCCCCUUUGGCUCAGAGGCCACUCCGGCGCCAGGCAGCAAUAAGGACUGAUUCCCUGGAUGUUCAGGGCCUGGGCAGCCGGGAAGACCUGCUGUCGGAGGUGAGUGGGCCCUCCCCGCCUCUGGCCCGGGCCUCCUCUUUCUGGGGCCGCUUGAGCACCCAGGUGCAGCAGCAUUCCUGCGACCAGAGCAAGAUCUCGAAGCACAUGCCCCCGCCAGCCCCCUGCUCCGGCCCAGAGCCCACCUGGGGCACAGGCCCCUCAGAGACCAGAAGCAGCUUAGAGCUCGACACGGAGCUGAGCUGGAUUUCAGGAGACCUCCUGCCCGCCGGCAGCCAGGAGGAGCCCCCGUCCCCACGGGACCUGAAGAAGUGCUACAGCGUGGAGGCUCAGAGCUGCCGGCGCCGGCCCACGUCCUGGCUGGACGAGCAGAGGAGGCACUCCAUCGCGGUCAGCUGCCUGGACAGCGGCUCCCAGCCGCACCUGGGCCCCAGCCCCUCGACCCUCGGCGGCCAACCUCUUGGGGGGCCUGGGAGCCGGCCCAAGAAAAAACUCAGCCCGCCCAGUAUCUCCAUAGACCCCCCGGAGAGCCAGGGCCCUCGGCCCCCACCCAGCCCUGGCAUCUGCCUCCGAAGGAGGGCUCCGUCCAGCGACUCCAAGGAUCCCUCGGCCUCUGGCCCCCCUGACAGCAUGGCUGCCUCGCCCCCCCCAAAGAAAGACGUGCUGAGUCUCUCCGGUUUAUCCUCUGACCCGGCAGACCUGGACCCCUGAGUCCUGCCCCACUCUCCCACUCACCUUUCUCCACUGGGUGCCAAAUCCUAGCUCCUCCUCCUGGGUUAUAUUCCUGAAAACAGUUCCAUAUGGACACCGAGGGGGCGCUCCUCCCCGCCUCAGUGGCUCUGGGCACCGGCGAGCAGAAUUUCCAGAGUGGAAAGCAGCAGCCAGGGCCUCCGGCUCCAGGCAGGAAGAGAAGCCCAGGGUAGCUGAGGUUCCCGACACCAGGAGCUGUUGGGAGAAAGCAAUACGUUUGUGCAGAAUCUCUAUGUAUAUUCUAUUUUAUUAAAUUAAUUGAAUCUAGUAUAUGCGGGAUGUACGACAUUUUGUGACUGAAGAGACUUGUUUCCUUCUACUUUUAUGUGUCUCAGAAUAUUUUUGAGGCGAAGGCGUCUGUCUCUUGGCUAUUUCAACCUAAAAUAACCAUCUAGUUAUAUUCCCUCUUCUUGCAAAGCACAAGCUGGGACCACGAGUGCAUUACAGCCCGGACAGUGGCCCAUCUUCAGCGGAGAGCGAGACCCAUUUUGGAAACUGUAAUGUAAUUUAUUUUCUCCUUUAACCUCGUCAUCAUUUUCUGUAGGAAAAAAAAAGAGAG